CCCCGCAUUCCAAUUCGAACCAGCGACAAAAGCCAAGCGCAAGGGGAAAGAAGAAGAAGAAGAAGAAGAAGCCUCCAAACCGCGGGCGAUCCCUCCCAAGCUCCUCGCGCCCUUCGUCCCCGACCUCGCUCCCCUCCCCUCGCUCGCCUAUAUACAUACGUACGGACCAGCCACUGGUUCCGCGGAGCACUUUGCUUUGAGAGCGGAGGUCCCCGGCAAAGAAGAGGAAGAAGCGCUGCGGUGUGAGGAGGCUGCAUCAGCAGAGAUGGAGUGGCUCAACGAGUACGAGAAGCUGGUGAUCGGGAUGGACACCCCCAAGGUGGUCAUUGACAAUGCCGUCUGCCCCACGGCCACGCUCGUCCAGGUCGACAGCGCGAGGAAGCGAGGCGUCCUGCUCGAGGCGGUCCAGGUGCUCGCGGACCUCGACCUGUCUAUCAACAAGGCCUACAUCUCCUCCGACGGCAGGUGGUUCAUGGAUGUCUUCCAUGUCACCGACCGCCUCGGCCGCAAGCUCACCGACGACAGCGUCAUCACCUACAUCCAGCAGUCUCUGGGGACCUGGAACGGGCCGUCGCAGCCGGCGUCGCUUGAGGGGCUAACGGUGCUUGAGCUCACGGGCACCGACCGCACGGGGCUCAUCUCCGAGGUGUUCGCCGUCCUGGCCGACAUGAGCUGCAGCGUCGUCGAUGCCAGGGCGUGGUCGCACCGUGGCCGCCUCGCCUGCCUUGUCUACCUGCGGGACGAGGAUGUGGCCGCCGCCGGUGUGGAGCGCAUCGAGGCCCGCCUCGCCCCCCUGCUUCGCGGAGACUCGGAGGCCAGCGGCGGCGCUGUGGCCGCCGUCCCCGCCGGCUCCAUCGCGCACGCCGACCGGCGCCUCCACCAGCUCAUGUUCGCCAGCCGCGACCACGAGCACGCGUUCCCAACGCCCUGGGUGUCUGUGGAGAGCUGGGCCGAGCGCGGGUACUCGGUGGUCACCGUCCAGUGCCCGGACCGCCCGAAGCUGCUGUACGACGUCGUGUGCACGCUCACCGACAUGGACUACCUCGUCUUCCACGGGACCAUCGACACCAACGCCGGCCAAGCGCGGCAGGAGUUUUACAUCCGUCACGCCGACGGGAGCCCCAUAAGCUCCGAGGCCGAGAUGCAGAGAGUGAGUCAAUGCCUGCAAGACGCCAUAGAACGGAGAUCAUUCGAGGGAGUGAGGCUGGAGCUGUGCACGCCAGACCGGCCGGGGCUGCUGUCGGACGUCACCCGGACGUUCCGGGAGAAUGGAUUGCUGGUGGCGCAGGCCGAGGUGUCAACCAAGGGCGACAUGGCCAGCAAUGUGUUCUAUGUCACCGGCACCACAGCCGGCCAGGCCGUCCAGCAAAACGCCAUUGAAGCCGUGAGGGAGAAGGUCGGCGUGGACUGCCUUGUCGUCGAGGAGCACCGGCCGCGGCUCUACCAGAAGGCUCGUGGGCAGGAUGACCGGGACGACCGCAACGGCGCCGGCAUUGGGCUGCUCUACCUCGGCAACCUUGUGAUGAGGAACCUCUACAACCUGGGCCUGAUCAAAUCUUGCUCAUGAGGCAGAAACCGGACGCCAACGAUCAAGCCAGGCUCUGCUCGUCUAGGCACCCGGCUUGGUUCAACGUCGAUUCCAGAAUCAUCUCUUGUACAGUGACUGAGGAAGAUCCAGGAAAGCAAGCGCUGCGCAAGGAUCAGGGUCGGGCAGGAUCUGGAAGAAGCAGGAUGAUGGAACCUAGCAGUAGACAUGUACAUAAGGGGAUCCGAUUACGAUUAGAUGUUGCUAAUUAGCAGUAGUACUAGUGCCGGACUGCCGGUGUUUAGUGUGUGCAAUUCAUGAUGAUUUGUUCUCUGUUCCUCGCUGUUGUUCCUCCAUCUUUAGCUAAAAAUUCUUUGGGGACGGUUGGCUUU